UCAGCGUCGAGAAGAAAAUUCCUAUACGGACGCCACGCAAUAAAUGGAACAUUUAUUCAUAUUAAAAACCGCAUUCCUGCCCUGCAUUGUGCUUACAUUGUUCGAGUGCGCGCCGUAAACGUCGGUAACGAUGCGAGGAACGUUUUAUAGACACUGGUAUGUGUUGUUCCCCGAUACAAGUGUCGAUCAACUCCGAAUGCACGAGAAGUGUUUUACGUGGGCCUACGAGUGAUUCGGCAUCAUCUUCCUGGGCCAAGAAUUCUACGCAGGUACGCGCCUUUUUGACGGCGACGCUACGCGGGCAGUUGACUACUGUGGACCGCUCGAAACACGAUCCACAAAUAGGCGGAUAAUGGUCCAGUAUUUGAUGCUUGGCUAGUCCCUGGAAGUCCCUUCAAGGUCGACGAUGCGGCGCCUCCUCGUUCGGAUCUUCUCCCGCGUACGUGUCGACGGGUCGCCGUAACCUCCAAAGUUUGUUUGAGGCUUGAAGCGAUACUCUCUAUUCUGACAUAAAACAACAACCCGGACUGUCGUCAUGCAGAUGGCUCAUCCUGCUUUGAGCGCAAUGUGUCGAGAGCAGCUUGCAGGUCAACUCCCGUGUAAACCCGCCUCACCCCUCACUAUAGUACCCUUGUGGAUAAUCCCUUGGCUAUUGUGGAUCAUCAUCCUGAUCUACUCUGAUCUUUAUGUCUCUAUAUGCGGCCUAUAUGUAAUUAACUCAUCUGUUUCGUUUUAAUAGUGCAACCAUGAACACUACAAUAAGCACUGUCAGUAGCGGUGGUGACAAACGUCUACCGGAAACGACUGUACAGACCGUGGCACAAAACUUAACUACAAUGCAACAGAAUGUACAGAGUGUCCAGAAUGUACAGAGUAUGGUACAGAGUAAUGUACCAAACAUUCAACCGACUCAGACUAUUGUUGGAUCCAUGACACCCAGCGGUCUAGUAGGCAAAUCGGUAUCUCUGGACAUGAAUCCAAAAUUAUCUUUAAUGAAACCUGUGGUACCUUCUGGUGCUACCCCAUCUACAGAAACGAGUAAAAUAACAACAACGUUAUGUUCUAUAGGAUCUACAGUAAAAAUAAUAUCACCAGGAAUGUUAAGUACUGUGGAAAGGCAAAUUCCAUCUCAAACACAAUUAUCACAUCAAGUAACUAUACCUACGUACCAUGUACCGCGUGGACCUGCUGCAGUUGCUAAUAUCUCUGCACCUAGAUCAACAGUUGCCACUCCUAUCGUCAGGACAAAUGUAGGACAAAUUGUGCCUGCUACUCGACCAGGUAGUAAUACACCAAUCUCUAAUCCUCAAUGGCAACCUAAAACAUCUGUUGCAUUAUAUGCGCAACCGCAAAGACAUCCCACUCCUUCCGUCAGCAGAGUCUCCAGGCCAUCGUCCACUGUGUACACAGGACAACAGCCACGAUUAAUUACGCCAGCCAGUCAAGCAAGAUCUGUUCAAGCUACCAUGGUUGCUGGUAGUUCGUCCAGGUUAAUAGCACCCGUCUUGCAAACUAAUCUUACUAGACAUCCAGUUGCACAAAACAGACCGCCAACGCCGCAAGUAGUAACUGUGUCACAGACCUCGCAACCCAUCAGAUCGUCGACGCAAACCAUUCAACCUACUCAGUCUAGCAGACCUCUAACUACAACUGGUACGACGAAACGUAUAGCUGCAUCACCCAUUGUAGAGACAGUCAACAGAAUAAGCAGUACAGCUUCAGUUACUGUCGGUUCGGUGGAACCAACAGUAGGACGACAAUUGUCAAUUAGUGGUAAUACGGUGGCUGGACCAUCGACCGUUAGUCAUAUCGUUAUCCCUUCGCAACAGGUUCAACCACAGCAAGGUGCACCGCGUGUUGUUCAAACCGUCACAUCUCUGUCGAGCCUCAGUACAUCACAAGUAAUUACAACAACCGCAAAUACACAGUCUGCAAAUGCAAUGCGCAUACUGCAAACAGUUCCAACCACAGUUGCGAAAAUCGCAGGAAUGUCCUUACACUCUUUGCCCAUCGCUCUACCGGUUAGGGCUGCGUCGGCGCCGAUCAAGGCUGCUCCUACACAGUCCCAAAAUAUUGGACAAACCGUCCAAGUGAAACCGGCACAAGCUAAUUUACGCAUGUCGUCCACCAACAGCAGUACAGUCACAAGUUCUGCUCAGCCGGUUCAAGGGCAAUAUAUACAUCCACCACAUACUACUACGUAUCUUUCCUUUGAGACUUCAGGAACAUAUUCACAGUUUCGACAAGCUUCAGUGCAGCCAGUGAGAUUAGUUGUUGAGCCAGGGUACGAAGAACCCCAUGGUAAACCUAAUGCAUCUCCCCGACCGAGCAUUCUGAGAAAGAGAGAUCAUGACAAUUCACCAGUUAAAGGGGAGUCACAAUUUCUUACAGGUGCAGCUAAAAAUUUAGUUCCCGUAUUAGCAUCUUUGCCAUCAAGUAGAUCAAUGUCCAGUCCGCCAUGCUCACCGAAGGGUGAUCAGGAUGGUGGUGGAUGCCAAAGUUCUGGAUCUACAACUGUAUCUGCUACAUCUUCGCCAGGCCUCGACGAGGAACUUGAACAAUCCAGAAUUACUAUUAAUCCCACUAUAGAAAUGUCGCCAAGAAAAAAACCACGCAAACAGCAACUUACAGGCGUAGAAUUAACUGAACCUAAAUUUACGGAGGAAGAGAUGCAAUUUCUCACUGAGGAAAAAUUGAAGAAGGAGAAUAAAGAGGAAUCAAAAGAGAAGUUGUCCGACAAAAGGCAACUCUCCAAUGUACAAAGUGAUAUUAAAUCAUCUACUCAACAAACAGAAAUCACAAUAGCACGAUCACGGCCUGUACCAAGUUUAUUAGGCUCUUCUUGGAAAAACAAAUGGACAGUUAGAUUGCAGCAUUAUAGAAGACCUAGCGAUGUCCGACCUCGUGAGGAAAGAAGACCAACAGUUGCUGAACUGGCGCAACAGAAAUACGUAUUACAGAGAUUAAAUGGAUGGAAAAUCUAUCAUCUCACUACACAAAUGGAAGAUAUUUCAUCCCUUGAAAAACAGGUUCAUGAAAAAUUAAAAACGACACUCACGCUACUGGAAUCACAGCAAACCGUUAAAAGUAAACAUAACGAUGGUCUCGAACGGGUAAACGAAUUGAUUAAAGGGAAUAUGCAGCGCAGUAAUUUAAUCAGUGAGGGCAUGAACGAAGCACGUACACAACUGGUUGCUAUAUUUCAACAUAAAGGUCCUAUUACUGAUCUUUUGCAACGCUGUGGUAACAAACGAGCACAGAAAAAGAGGGAUAAAUGAGCAAUUGUGCUGAAUAAAUACGUAGAAUCUUUAUAACGAACUUUGUUGAAGAAAAGUUCAAAAGGGAACUAUUUUUAUCUGUGUCACAGAUUCUAUAUAUAGGAAUAAAUAAAUG